UCGCGAGACCUGCGCCUGGCGAGACCAAGGUCGGGUGUGAUUGGUCAGCUCUGCGCAGGCGCGGUCAAGCUUCGAACAUUGUGGCUAAAACAGUAGUAGAUUUUUAACAAUGCCUAAAGAAUAGAUUGUUCUCGAAAAACAGAUUACCAUAACGGAACAGGGUUAAAUCAUCGUAAUGGACCUGGCACAACGGGACAAGCUCUCGGAGCUGGUGGAGGAGCUUACCACAUCUGGACAGCAGCAGCUCAACCAAGAGAAGAUUAAGGAAAUCAAGAAGAUCUGCAGACUAUCUAAGGACUAUGUAGAUCAUGUAUACGACUCUGUGAUGGCACAACUUGAUAAAGAACAUGCAGAAAUCCGACUUUCAGCCUUCCAGAUAGCCAGUGAACUCUUCUCCAGGUCACACCAAUUCAGAAUUCGUCUUGUGGAUAACUUUCAGGAGUUUUUAGAAUUAACUGUGGAGACUGACUCGGAUCAACCUCUCCCGCCACCAAAAGAGGUGGCCAAGAAACUUAAGAUAUCUGCUAUCAAAACCAUCCAAUCCUGGCAAGCUCAAUAUGGAACCGCAUACAAGAAGUUGGCCCUGGGAUACCACUUCAUGAAACAAGUCAAGAAUGUUGACUUUAAUGAUGUUCAGGCCAGGACUGUAGCAGAGAGGAGCCGAGAAAAUGAGAGACAGAGGAGGAUGGAAAGGAUCUACAAAGAUAGGGUGGAGGCCGCUGCUAAAGAGAUGGAAGAGUCCCACCAGGAAAUUGAGACGACUGUAACGGAGAUGAAGUCGUGUCUGAAGUUGCUGCUCCCUGAUGAGUUCGGCCUCUCGGACCAAACGGCUCCAGUCCCUGACAGCCGGACCCUGGGAGAUACAGCCCCGGGGGGCCGGGGGCCGGCCAGCAGACAGCUUUCUGAGGAGCACCGGCCUGGGUCCAGCCUCACAGCGGAGGAAGCAAUAGGGAAGGAGAAGAAUGGAGGGAACAAUGAAAGGAGACAAGAGGAAGAUGAGAAGAAAUGUCUGGAUGCUAGGAUGGAAGAAAAACCUUCACUAGAGACAUUUGAGACGGUGGAAUUGGAAGGAAGAGAGGAGCUUAGAAUGAAACAAGAGGAAAAGGAGGUUGACAGAGAUGAGGAGGAGACUUGGAUGAAUGAUGUUUCUUAUGAGGAUGUUUUCAUUAGAAACUCUGGUCUCAUAUCUCAUUCGUACACUCUGAACAUCAAUGUAGAGUCUGACGUCCAGGUUAAAGAGACAGACGAUAACGAAGCUGUGGUUUCCACAUUAAUUGAACUCCAUCACUUGAUCACCACAAAACACCUGCCAGCCGUAAAGAGCUGGGUACAAGUUUUCACCAGGUCGGGCCCUGAGCAGCUGCAGUUGUUGAGGUCAGCGCUCCGACUGAAGAUGUCUUUAGAGUCGCUCCUGAAGAAAGAGAAGUUGCUCCACAUUGAUUACAAGACCAGGAUACGGAAAGUGACUCGGGCCACUGCAGACGUUGAGGAGGAUGAUGAAGAGGAGGAUGAGGAUGACUUUGAGGAAGUUCCAGAGAAGGAAGGGUUUGAACCCCACAUUCCUGACCACCUUAGAGAAGAGUACGGUCUUGAACCCUCAGCAUCCACCUCUGCAGCACCACCCACCCAGAGAGCUCUACCUAAGAGGCCGGCCCCAGUGGUCUCCCCCUCCACCACCGCUAGACGGCUGAGGAGGAGGCUGGAGGAGGAGAGGGAUCCUACCUGUGCGGCCGCCACACUGCAUCUCUUGAAAGGACAAAUGCGUCCCUGCACAGGCCCAAGCCCAAGAGUCUCAGAGCCCCCAAGCCCUGCUGUAGGCUCUGCCCCCGCGGGGGGCGACGGGGCCCCUGAUGCUCCCAUCGUCCCCUUCGGUCUGGACCUGUACUACUGGGGCGAGAAGCAGCCCGCUGCAGGCAAGAUGAUCAAGUCGACAUCCCAGCACCGUUUCUGGGUUCCCAGCGAGGUGGAUGAGGAGACGGAGAAUCCAGAGUUGUUGGCUGAGAGCAGCAGCAGAUACAUCUCCUUCCCAGGGACCUUCACCCCCGUCUCCCACCACUGCAACGCACUGCUGGGGAACGGCAGACUGUGCCCCCGUCAGGACCGGGUCAAGUGCCCGUUCCAUGGAGUGAUCGUUCCUCGCGACGCUCACGGCCGGCCGAGCCGGGCGGAGGACCGGGCACGGGAAGAACGGGAGGAGCGACGGCAUAGGGAGAGCCAUCCUGACUGGCAGGAUGUGGAGCUGAUGCAGGACAUUGAGGCGGCGACGGGAGAAGACCUGGGCUCCAAGAGGCUGCUCGGGAAAGGACAAGGGAAGGGGAAGGGGAAGUACCCCAACCUCAGCAAUCUGAAGAAGAGUGCCAACACCUCCCGGUCCAGGCUGGAAAAUAAAGUUUUCAACAAGAAAUCGGUGCGGCGAGUGUCUGAGGUGAUGACCAAGAUCGACAGUAGGAAACAUGAGAAGUUCUCUAAUCAGUUUAACUAUGCGCUGAACUGAUUGGCUCAUGACCAUAUGCUACAUUUGGGCCUGGUUGUACUGGGGCUGGUCAUGUAUAACAACGUAGACCUACCACGAGAAUGAAGCCGAGCCGAGAUCCAGCGUAAAGAAGGUAAGCAUCAGGAUAAUACGACCGAAGAUGAAAAGACCUGUGCAUCAGGAUCAGACGUCUGAAAAGUCCUAAAUAUCAGGGUCAGACGUCUGAUAAGACCUAAACAUCAGGAUCAGACGUCUGAAAACGUCUAACCUUAACCCUAACGUCAAGCUAAAUUGUCCCACGAAGCACAUCCUCAAGUUGACCAUUUAAAUAUUACAACGUUUUAUAUGUAAUGUAAAUAUUCUUGUUAAGUUAAUGGAUUUGUGUAUUAAUGUUUAUUCUGAGUUGGCUCAUUCAACCACAUACUAUUAAGCAUUUGAAGUAAUACACUGCACUGUAUAAUGUGUGUUGGUCUUAGAUAAGCAGCGUAUCUAAAAUAUACAUUUCUUUGUUUGCUAUAAUUUUAUUUAUUUUUUGCACUUAACAACAAUGCAGGUUGCAAUACAAUAAUGUAUUAUAUAUAUGGGUAUUAUGCAUCAUACAAGCAAAACAUGUUAGCUGGCAGUGAAUAUUGCUUGUUGCUCCAUGUUUGAUAAAUAGGCGUUUCCUUUUUUUUCAAAAGUUUCUAUUGUUCAAUUUGGAAAUUAUAUGUUUUUUCCAUUGAGGAACUUGUGGCUUAUCUUUCUCCUCUUUUAGAUAGUAGUUAACUAAUAGUUGACUGAUUAGUUAAAAAUAUCAUUAUUGUUCUAUCAACAUUUUUAAGUAUGUAUUCCAUUAUUAAAUUCUAGAAUAUCAGCAAUUGUUUAGUUGUUUAUAUUUCGGCUAUCUUUUUUUGGCAAAGGCUAUCAAGCUGAAAUUGGAGUUGUUUAAAAUGUUUGAGUUAAUUUAAAUGAAACUUGUUUAUAUUGGUGAUUGGUAUAAUAAGUAUACCUCGUUGUAUUUAUCAAUGACCUCUCCCUAUUCAGUGUUCCAUAGUAUAUUUAUAUCCUCCACCAAUGAGGAUAGGUCAUGGGAGCGGGGCGGACCUGGCGCUAUGUUCAAACCAACUCGGAAGAUAAAACUACGGUGCCCCUCUGGUGACACGGGUGAAUAUUGACUAAUUCGUGGCCACAGAAUUUGCCACACAUUAAUAAUUCGUGCCCACGCAUUAAUAAUUCGUGCAGCCCACGCAUUAAUAAUUCGUGGCCACAAUAUAAUAGUUUGUGGGCACAAGAUGAAUAAUGCGUGGCCACAACAUAAUAAUUCUUGACCACAUAAUAAUAAUUUGUGGUAAUGAAUUAGUAUGUUCUGGCCACGAUCAAACUAGGAGCUUGCCGGCUGUAGGCCUAUACGUUGGAGAAAUUGGAGAACUUGAAGAACAUGGAAAACUUUGAAUUAAUUUGGUUUUAUUUUCAUUUAGGGAUGGAUUAUAAUCAAAUACUUAUAUCCCUUGCGGUUAGGCCUGGAGUAAUUAAUUAGCAUAAAGAGUCACCUAAUGCAGCUGCUUAAAAUGCAUGGGUUGACGCGCAAAGUAUAUGCUGAUCUCGGGGAAGUAAUAUAUUUCAUUAUUUACCAGCUGAAAGGACCUGGGAGACUUCACAGAUACAGAUGGAUGCACAAAAGUGCUUGUCAAAUGGCAUUCGUGCAAAAAAGGAAGAAAGGAAAAGAGUUAAGUUCAAUGCAAAACUAUCUUAUUUUACGCAAUUUAAAAUUACAAGUCUAAACUGCGUGAAAUGGAAAGGUAUCCAAAGAUUUCCUUCUAUUUCCUAGCCAGCGGACCGUAGUUUAUGACAAAAACAACACAAUUGACGGCAACCCAGUUGCCGCCAUUAACGUCGUUAACGUGGUUUGGAGCAGAGAUGUUUGAACUCAUGAAGUCGUUUGGUAAGUGAACGGUGCAUACAUUGUGUACAUUAAUGUUCCUCAUCAAAGCAUCCCGCUCCUAUCACAGGAACAACCUGGGGUCUCAUUCAUAAAACUGUGCGUGGGAUAGUUACUAAAAAUGUGCGUACGCCCAGAAGCCAAGUUUUGCGUGUGCCAGAAUAUAUUCAGAUUUAUAAAACCCUGCGUACGCACACCGUACGCAAUCUUUGCUUUAUAAAUCACAGACUGCCUACAAGUGUGCGCAACUGAAACAGCUUCACGUUCCGCCCUGUACACGCCCCUUUUUAACCAUAAAUGGUCAAUGCAAAUGACCUCAUGAAUGCGAUCUGCAUAUAAAACAGACUCAGAUGAAAGUAUUAUGUCUUGUCGGAAACAAUGGCAGAAGUAGGUGAGAAAAGCAAAAAAGCGAAAUCUCACGGAGGUUGAAGUGGAGACACUUGUGGGUGAGAUGGAGGCCCGAAAAGUAGUUUUGUUCGGCGGUCACGGGAUUGGGAUCGCCAACAACAAAAAGCAGAGUGAGUGGCAACAUGUUGCUGCAGUAGUGAACUCUGUCAGUAGCACGGAGCGCACAGUCCCAGAAUUAAAAAAGAAGUGGUCUGACAUAAAGUUACAUAUUUUUAUGUAGCCUACCAAUAAAUCGUUACGGAGUAACGGACUACGAUUUUGAUGAGGAGUGUGGCUUGGUUUUCCACAAAUGGCAUUCGUGCAAAAAAGGAAGAAAGGAAAAGAGUUAAGUUCAAUGCAAAACUAUCUUAUUUUACGCAAUUUAAAAUUACAAGUCUAAACUGCGUGAAAUGGAAAGGUAUCCAAAGAUUUCCUUCUAUUUCCUAGCCAGCGGACCGUAGUUUAUGACAAAAACAACACAAUUGACGGCAACCCAGUUGCCGCCAUUAACGUCGUUAACGUGGUUUGGAGCAGAGAUGUUUGAACUCAUGAAGUCGUUUGGUAAGUGAACGGUGCAUACAUUGUGUACAUUAAUGUUCCUCAUCAAAGCAUCCCGCUCCUAUCACAGGAACAACCUGGGGUCUCAUUUAUAAAACUGUGCGUGGGAUAGUUACUAAAAAUGUGCGUACGCCCAGAAGCCAAGUUUUGCGUGUGCCAGAAUAUAUUCAGAUUUAUAAAACCCUGCGUACGCACACCGUACGCAAUCUUUGCUUUAUAAAUCACAGACUGCCUACAAGUGUGCGCAACUGAAACAGCUUCACGUUCCGCCCUGUACACGCCCCUUUUUAACCAUAAAUGGUCAAUGCAAAUGACCUCAUGAAUGCGAUCUGCAUAUAAAACAGACUCAGAUGAAAGUAUUAUGUCUUGUCGGAAACAAUGGCAGAAGUAGGUGAGAAAAGCAAAAAAGCGAAAUCUCACGGAGGUUGAAGUGGAGACACUUGUGGGUGAGAUGGAGGCCCGAAAAGUAGUUUUGUUCGGCGGUCACGGGAUUGGGAUCGCCAACAACAAAAAGCAGAGUGAGUGGCAACAUGUUGCUGCAGUAGUGAACUCUGUCAGUAGCACGGAGCGCACAGUCCCAGAAUUAAAAAAGAAGUGGUCUGACAUAAAGUUACAUAUUUUUAUGUAGCCUACCAAUAAAUCGUUACGGAGUAACGGACUACGAUUUUGAUGAGGAGUGUGGCUUGGUUUUCCACACUUGGGAUUUAAUUGACAUUUGAUUAUGUGUUUACAGUGUCACAUAAAAAUAUUAUGUUAUUGACACAUGUUGGACAGAUGCUUUAUUCCAUGCAGUCGCGCCGUCAGUGGACAGUAUGGAGUGACGGGAUUAAAUAUAGAGAAUUUCUUUUAAUUUAUAUUCUAAGGAGAUGUUUCUGGAGUUAUAACUGAGAAAUAACGCAGUUGACUUAAAUUAUUCUGAUUACAUAGAUUUAACGCAUGAUACGGGUUGAAAUUACAUGAAUGUAGGGCGAUGAUGAAACAUAAUCGUUCUUCUCAUUCUACAAAUCUUCGUUCUGACUUCAGUUCACCACCACACCAUCUGUGUCGCCAAUUCUCCUUUUCCUCUAAACUAUGCGUACGCAUGGGUCAGAGUUUGCUUAGGGCUGCGCACAUUUUCCUGUCAAGUUGUUUUUUUAUAGAUCACAACCUUGGCGUGGAAAGUCACGUACGCCAAUUUCAGCCCCGUUUUUUGCGUACGCAACGGUUAUAAAUGAGACCCCUGAUCUCACAGGAAUCUGUGAAAUGACCACGGACGCCUAACUCAGAAUCCGUGGAAUCCUCACAGAAACACGCCAUGAACGAGUCGACCGCGGGCGCUUAACUUAAAAUCCGUGGUGGUGUCUAUGGAGGUAGAUUUGUGUCUUUAUUAUGCAAUCAAAAAUAAUAGGUUUGAGAGCAAAACUUUCCACACUGCAAUCAAAAAAUAGAUUUGAGAGCAAAACUAUCGACACCGCAAUCAAAACAUUUUUUAUUGCAAAAUAAAUAAAUGUGAUAAAAAAUUAUUAAUGGGAAUCCAAAAGUUUUGUUUGCGAAUCCAAAAGUUUUGCAUGCGAUUUGCGAAUCCAAAAGCUUUGCUUGCUGUUGAGCUGAAUCUCGUGGGUGGGACCUACGCCGAAAGAUGUAAGACACGUCUCUAUUGGCCAGUCUGAAGUCCAUGAUGAGACAGAGCGGGAGUCGGGAGCUGAGAGGACAGAAAAUCAAUGCGCAGGUAUGUCUUCCGUCAUAGUAAUAGCAAGAAUGUUAUGUUUGAACUGGUGCAUGUAGAUUGCUUUUGUUUAACGAUCUGUGGAUGUUGUAUUGGGUUAAAAAAAAUACACAUUAUUUUGUCAGCCUGUAGCUGCUAGCUUAGCUCAAUUACCUAGUUAUAGGUACGUUACGUGCCCAGGCUGCCUAUUAGCCUGCAUGACGUUGUGCAUGUAGCUACUAGCAGAGAAUGUCUAAUAUGAGGAGAAUGGGCACUCGCUGGUUAGUUCCGGUUUUCUGGACUGGUUGCAGUAAUAAUCGCUGUCCACGCGGGGCGCUCGCAGGCGAGUACAGAAUGAAUGGGAGCCUAUGGGGUUUUAUCCUCAGAAUCCAGUUUUCUCACAAUGUAAUUUUUUGUCAAGUAAUUUGAAAGUUGCGUUCAAAAGGAGGGGCUAAGAUAAUAAACUCAGCUGAAUAUUGCAUUUUUUAUCUGUUCUAAAAAGGUGUUAAAAACAUGCGAUGACGUCACACAUUGUCAUACUGUCAGAGGUACUGCUUUACGGCAGUUUCUGAAGCACUUCGGCACUUCCGCAUUUCUCUUUUCCCGCAACGAUAACACCAGCUGUUGGAGUUGGACCUUGAUGCUGUGACAACGGACAAGUCUUCUUCCUCUGUCUAUUUUCCCUGCCUCUGUUCAGUAUGUUCGGUGUUGUUAAAUCAUUUCUCUUUUUUUUUAUUAGUUACUAUUAGUUACUGUUCUUAUCGUGUUCUUGUUAGUGUGAUGUUUGAAUAAACUUGCCUGUUGCAAUGUUGGUAUAAUGUUUGUAUAAUUACUGUUAUACAACUGUUACUGUUUCAAUGUGACCCAGAUCAUAUUUCUCAUUUAACAAACAUGUGUAGCUUAUAAUGUGUUGAUUGUCCAUCACAAUAUUCGGCAUACCAAAGAUUAUUCAGAGCGAUCAAGGGCCAAAUUUUUCUUCAAAUUUGUUUUCCCAAGUUCUAAAGCAACUUAACAUCAAACAUAGUCAAGCAUCUGCAUAUCAUGCACAAAGCCAAGGAGCUUUAGAACGCUUUCAUCAAACUCUGAAGUCUUUAUUGCGAGCUUAUUGUACAGAGAUGCAGAGGGACUGGGAGGAAGGUCUGCCAUGGUUGCUUUUAGCAGCAAGGGAGGUGUGCAAGAAAGUACUGGAUUCAGUCCAAACGAUUUGGUCUUUGGUCACCGAGUACGUGGUCCUUUGGCAGUGCUUCGAGAUGAGUGGUACACAGAGGAACCUCCGUCCAAUUUGAGAGUGUAUGUAAACAGGUUCAGAUACCGGCUUUACAUGGCUGGCCAAUUGGCAAAACGGAACUUGGAAAAAACACAGGGAAAAAUGAAGCGUUUGUAUGAUCGAUGUUCUGAGAGACGACAGUUUAGUAAGGGUGACCAAGUGUUGGCUUUGCUACCAAUUGUGGGGUCACCAUUUCAAGCUAAAUUCAAGGGUCCAUAUACUGUAGAACGUCAACUCAGUGAACUAAACUACUUAAUAUCCACUCCAGAUCGCAGGAAAAGAUAAACCAACUUUGCCACAUAAAUCUGCUGAAACCAUAUUAUGGUCGUGAAUGUCCCCAGAAUGAAUCUGAGGGUUCACACACUCCAUCUGAAGUGAGCCCAGUGUUGUCUGCUGGUACAGUGAUGCAAUCAGGUUUUGGUGGGGGAGAGGAGGUGGCAGUGCCAGAUGAUUCUGUACUGCAUGGUCGUCUGAAGAACUCUGAAUGUCUAAAGAAUAUGGAUGGCUUGUUGUCUCAUUUGUCUGUUGAGAAGCAAACUGAGUUAGCUGUACUGAUUGCAAGCUAUCCAGGGUUAUUUGGAGACACGCCGUCUAGGACAAAUCUGAUGGAGCACGAUAUUGACGUUGGCGACGCUAAGCCCAUCCGGCAGAGAUUUUACAGAGUCUCUGAAGAGAAGAGGAAAAUAUUGGACCGUGAAGUAAACUACAUGUUGGACAAUCAAAUUGCAGUACCCUCCUCUUCCAGUUGGGCAUCUCCAUGCGUGUUAGUUGAGAAAUCCGAUAAAUCACCUCGAUGUUGCACCGAUUUUCGUAAAGUGAAUACAGUGACCAAGUCUGAUUCCUUUCCACUGCCUCGGAUGGAGGAUUGUAUUGACCAGGUUGGUGCAGCAAAGUUUGUAAGCAAAUUUGAUUUGUUAAAAGGGUACUGGCAGGUUCCAUUAACUCCAAGAGCUCGGGAAAUAUCUGCCUUUAUUACACCGUCCGGCCUGUUCUCGUAUACUGUUAUGGGUUUUGGUUUGCGCAACGCACCAGCUACAUUUCAACGGUUAAUGAAUAUGGUUGUUAACAGACUUGAAGGUUGUGCGGUAUAUUUGGACGAUGUCGUGAUUUACAGUAACACCUGGGAGGAUCAUCUAAGUCGCAUCCGGGCUUUGUUUGAACGAUUUGCAAAUGCGAAUUUGACAGUAAACUUGGCUAAAUGUGAGUUUGCAAAAGCUACGGUGACAU